UGCGCAACCCUCAGCGGGGCCGAGCCCUGCUGCCACGCGCCGCCAGACGGUAGCGUGCGGCGUACGUGCGCACGCGCAUGACACAGCGCUGCACGCGGGCCCUGAGGGUGUUUGGUAGAUCCCGCGCUUUCUGGAAGCUUCUAGAGAGAAGAGCGGGGAGGUUGAGCAGUAGUGUUGAGGAAGACUCUAGCUGGGAAACAUGGAAGUCUUGUUAUUAGAGGUUGAAAGUCCGGGUUGUUUUUGGGUUACUAUGAAAGGAUGUGAGCCUUACACAGUCGAUGAAAUAGAAUAUAAAAAACUGAAUGCUGAAAUGAAUCAGUUCUAUGACACACCUUACAAAGAUGUGGAUGAAGUAAAACCAGUAAUGGUAAAAGAAGGACAGAUUUGUGUGGUUUUCAGUGGAGAACUCAAGUGCUGGUGUAGAGCAGUUAUUAAGUCAAUCAUAUGCUGUACAGGUCAUUAUCAAACAAAAUGUUUCCUUGUGGAUUAUGCCAAAUAUAUUUUUGUUAAAUCAGAUAACAUUCGGGUGGCACUGGAAGCAUUCAUGCGGAUCCCCUAUAGAGCAAAAAAAUGUAGACUGUAUCGCACAAAGCCAGUGACACUGCAUGUCAACUUUUGUGGAAGUACUGCAAAAAUAGUACCAGCUAAAAGAUGGGAUAAUGCUGCUACUCAGUAUUUUCAAAACCUUCUCAAAGCAACAACCCAGAUGACAGCCAAAGUAUGUGCUGUAGAAGAUAACACAUUUGAUGUUUUCCUUUAUGUAACAAUAAAAGGUGAAAAGGUAUGCGUUAAUGAUGAUCUUGUCUUAAACAGCUUUGCUCAUUUUGAGCAAGCUGAAGAGAAUACAGUGAGUUCAGCAGAUUAUCAGGAGACCCAGACAUCAUUAAAUCUUGAUUCUCUUCCAAUGAAAGUUGUUAAUCCUGCACUUGAUUUGAGGACAGUGCUGUUCCAGCAGAAGGUAUCAACAAAUCCUGAAACAGAUCUUGCUGUAUCUGGUUCUGUUCUUGAAAAGACAUGCCAAAGCUCAAACAUAGAUGUUAAUGAAACUACUACAUCUAUUGUCAAAACAAUUCCAGGAUUGUCCUUCAAGGAAAAUACAGCAGUUCACACAGACAGGCUUCAGCAGUGCUUAAAUUCUGAUCCUUUGAAGACACAUAGAACUGAAAAUGAGCAACAGAGUUUUCAAAAUCUUGAAGAAAGAAACUUUGUCUUUCUUAGCAAGAAUAUUAAGCCAUCAUCAAUUCUGGAAACAGCACCACUUUUUGAAGAUCUGAAAAGGGAACUUACUCGGAAAAAAUUUUUAGGCCCUAACUUCUCUGAAUCUUACUGUUGGCCACCAAUAGCUCAAGGAUGUGAUGUAGUUGCCAUCUCAUAUCAGGGAAAUAAUCCUUUCUUGUAUAUUCCACCAAUUCUUACACUUUUGCAGUCGAGCAGUUGCUACAAAGCCUCAAGAAACAAGAGUGGACCACUAGCACUUAUCUUGUGUCCUGGAUGGAAGAAGGCACAACUUGUUUUUGAGCUACUGAAAACAUACCAGAGAUGCUCCAGACAGCUUCAUCCAAUGUUGUUAAUACUUGGGCAGAAAAAAGAAGAAGCUAAAAGUGUGAAAAUCCGAGGAUGUGAAGUAAUAGUGACUACACCAUAUAGCCUCUUGAGACUGUUUGAACGUCACAUGCUGUUUUGCAAUCUUUGCCAUCUUGUUCUUGAUGAGGUUGAGGUGCUGUUCUCUGAUGCUCCCGAACAGGUUUUUACUAUAUUAGAUUGUUACAAGAAACCCAUUAUUGCUGAAGAAUGGAAGUAUUCACAGCAAAUUAUUGCUGUUGGAACUCAUUGGAGUAAACAUAUAGCACACUUGAUACAGGAGUUCAUGAACGAUCCUUACAUUGUGAUAACAGCCAUUGAAGAAGCUUCCAUCUAUGGAAAUGUGCAACAGGUUGUACAGCUUUGUACGGACAGUGAAAGAACUGCUGCGUUACUCAAAAUACUGGAUUUUACCCACAGUAAUCUUCAGAAGGUGCUGAUAUUCACUAAUUCAGUAAAUGAGGCAGAAAUGGUUCACCAGACACUGAAGAGUAACUCAAUAUUUGCCUUGAAAAUACAUGAAGAGAAUGAAUUUAAUUUGAAAUAUAUCUUAGAGCAGUGGAAAAACAAGUAUAGUUCUGGCACACAUGUUGUGUUAGUUUUAACAGAUGAAUGCAUGCAGUCUUUGGAAAUUACAGAUGCCACUUGUGUGAUACAUUUCAGUUUUCCUUCUCCAAGAAUCUUUGCUCAUCGUCUACACAGCAUGUCUGACAACUUCUGUAAUGUGAUAAAGGAUUCUUCUGUAGAUCAAGAGUACACAAGGCCCCAGUCAGUCAUUCUUUUAACAGAAAACAAUGAGUGGGAUGCACUUGGGAUCCUCCGCUAUUUGCAGCAUGCAGAAGCUGAAAUUCCACCAGAACUGCAUGAUUUGACUGCCAAGAUGCUAAAAGAUGAAGAAUACCAGAAAUUGUCAAGGCCACUGUGUACCCAUCUUAAAACAUUUGGGACUUGCAGAAAUAGAACAGUGUGUCCGGAUCGUCAUCAAGUUAAUUUACAAAUAGAUGUGCCCCAGCAUAUCCCAGAUACAAUGACACAAACACCUGGAUAUGUGAUGAUUCUGCCUCUCCACAUUGUAAAUGCAACAAACUACUUCGGUCGAAUAGUAGAUCAGCAGAAGGACCAAUAUGCAAUUCUUGCCGAAGAAAUUAAUAGGUAUUUUAAGGAACCUGGUAAUAAGAUUGCUGUUAAAAAUGUGGAGAAGCUAGCAUUUUAUGGUUUAUGUGAGAAGACAGUUGUUCACAGGAUUCAGGUGCUAGAUAUUUCCCCAAAAGAGAAGGAAAAUAUGUUCUAUAGUGUUGAAAUUAAAUAUAUAGAUGAAGGCAGAACGUGUCAAGUCCAAAGUUACCAGCUGCUUCACUUACCUCCAAAGUUUCAGUGUCUGCCACCUCAGGCUGUGGAAUUUGUAGUUUGUAGAGUAAAACCCAUUGAUAAUGAACUUGAGUGGAACCCAAAGGUAACUAAUUCUAUUCAUCAAAAAGUUAAAGGAAAACUACACAAAGCGAAAGUAGUACUUACCUUGGGAAACACAGCUUGGAUUGACCCGAUGGUCCGGGUUACCAGGCUUCCAGAUUUGAAGAUGUCUGUCAAUGAAUAUGACGUUCGAUCUGAGAUUUUGUCUACAGGACUGGGAACUGACAAUCCAGAACAUAUAACACAACUUCAGAAGUUGUGCAGCCACAUGAACAUAGUGGAUCGUGCAGAAAACUUGGAGCCUUUAAGCAUAAAGGAAGAUAUAACUGGUGCAGAGAAUGUGUCCAAUCCCAAGGAAGUGUUAAUACAAGAAAAUUCUACUGAGAACUGUGAUUCUUCUAAAAUUACUUCUGGGAAUUAUCCAUGUGUGAUGGCAGAAGCGUCAGGUUGGCGUGGCCAGGCCAGAGGUGGGCCCAACUCAGAGCUGGGGGAAGUUUCAGGAACUGUAUAUGAUGGUGUGGCUCAAACUAAGGGCACAGAAGAGUCUACCCUGCAACAACGUAAAUGCUUUUAUCCAGAAAUUAAAUGGUUUCAAAAUGAAGAGACUGUUACAGCAAAGGUUAAAAUAACACGUGUAACUGAGUGGAAAUGCGAGUUGUCUAAAGACAGGGUGGUUUUCAGUGCUUGUUCAGAAGAGAAGCUUUAUUUGGCUGACAUGGAGCUGCACCAAUAUAUACUUGCAGAAAAGUCUGCCUGUAUGAUUAAGGAUAAAGAGGCUGUUAUUGUUCUCACGAAAGAGAAAAAAGGAGAGUGGCACAAAUUACUGAAGAAUGAGAAACUUCGUGUGUCUCUUGAUUUUGAACACUGGGAAGAUUUUGAAGAUAACAGCCUUUUUCCAGUUGGUACUAAAAAACUCUAUUCCACUGCUGUGGCAACUGAAGAACUGCUUGACUUCUCAGAAGACAGUGGAGCAGAAAGUGAUGAGUCAUUUGGCGACAGAUAGUUUAAGUAUUGUGCUUCAAAAUAGUGUCUCUUGCAUGAGUCUUCCACUGAAGUCAAUAAUGCUAAAAAUAUAGGUUGCAGAACUGCUUAUAUUUUUAGGAGAAAAGUAGUGAACGAACUUGUUACCUUUGGGCUCUGAGAAUCUGCAGAAGUACUCUACAGACGAACUUUGUUCAUAUGUUUUCCAGUGCCUUCACUUCAAAAUUGUUAGCUUUAAUGACGCUGUGCAUGUAUGUACAUGUGCUGUCCAAAUGGUAAAACAUGAAUCAAUUGUAUUAGUAAUUACAGAGCUUCUAGUGUACUUCAAAUAAAUUUGCUUUGUUAGUGAUAAUUAGUGAUUUUUUUGAUACUGUAGUGAUUACUGUAUCCCUCAUUCAUGUAGUACCAGUGUGUUGGCAAGAAUAUUUGUCAGUUCUGCAUCAAGAAAUAACUCCAGUGGCAAUUCUUCUUUAUUAAUUGGAAUUCUGUUCACUUGUAGCAACUCACUGCAGUAACUAGCUGCUCUAUAGCUUCUGUGGAAUGUAUUUAUUUUCAGU